ACAAUCGUUCAUCAAAUAGGAUGUCCUCAACUCGCAUGCCCAGCACGACUGGGACCGGACAGAACACCGAAAGCUCGGACACCAGCAGAGCAGAGUACGUAGCAUUUGGACUGGUGGUUGUCUUCUUCUUAUUGGGACUACUGGGAGUUUUAAUCUGCCAUGUGCUGAAGAGGAAGGGCUAUCGCUGCACCACCGAGGCAGAGGAGGAUGAGGAAGAAGUGGGGGGAUGCUCAGACGAGGAGAAAGACCUGGAGAAAGGAGAGCUGAAUGACACUUACAGUGAGGAGAACAACGACACGGUGGGACAGAUUGUUCACUACAUCAUGAAAAAUGAAGCAAACUCAGAUGCGCUGAAAGCCAUGUUCCAUGACACGAGCAUAGACUCAGAUGGUCCUCUAACACCAACCACACCCACCACCCCGACCACCCCGGUGACCCCUGUGUCGCCAGGGGCGCCACCUGGUGCGGCCAAGCACACGUGUAAUCACUUACACACCAUCGGAGGGAUGGGCGGGCACAAGAACAUCUGCAGCCGCUGCAGUCAGAAGAAAUGGCCCCUAAUGAGACGCACAUCCAGUAAACGAGCAGAUCGGCGCAGUCACACGGGGGAGGUCACCGUUCUCGCUGUGGGCAGGUUCCGGGUGACCAAGUGUGACCCCAAACCCGCCAAAGAGAGACGGACCCUGCUGAUCACGGAGUCCAACGGCAGCAUCCCAUCCUCCCCAACAGACACCGCACCCGAACUAGAAUCAUGUGACAGAACCUCCAAACACCAGGAUGACAAGGACAAUGCAAAGUGAAGAUGGUGAAGUCAGAGCAGCUAACACGGCCAUUUUGUACAGUUUUAACACUUUUAAAUCCCUGCGUCAAACCAAUAAACAGAUUCCUCCAUCAGACAAACAGCCAUUCGACGACAGCGGUGUCAGUCGAGGCUGUGUCCCGCCUCCAUCCACAAACCAACCAAUCAAGGACGAGUGAGCGAGACGAUGGAUGGGAAACGCGAGGUGUUCUGUUGUCCUGCGCAGUUAUACACGCACUCCGCUUACCUAGCGUGUGAGUGUGUGUGUUUGCGUGUGUAAUUUGGGCUCCACGAAAAUGGACUGCGGCCGUUUCACAUCAAUCAUUUCAUUGCCAUGCCAGUACUCCCUUUGUAAACACGGCUGUGACGUCGACAGACGAAAAUAGCAUCUCCCGCUCCCUGUAAGCUGACCACGUAUUUGUUGGUGGUUAACCUCCACGGCUGCCACAGAGAACCACACGUUUCAGACACAAAAAACGCCUUGUAUGAUCCUGGCCUGCAGAGCUGAAAACACAGAGUUUGUGUUAGAGGAGGAUCAAUUCUUUGGACACUGUGAGGAAAAAGUCGUUGAAGCAGAGCUUGAUGUUUCCUAAGGUACAAUGUUUACCAAAAAUCACCUUUGUACCCCCUCCCCCCAACUCUUCCAUAGUGGAAGACUCUGA